AUGUCAGAGGAUCUAGCAAAGCAGCUGGCAAGCUACAAAGCUCAACUCCAACAAGUUGAAGCUGCGCUCUCUGGAAAUGGAGAAAAUGAAGAUUUGCUAAAAUUAAAGAAAGAUUUACAGUGGCUCUCUGCAUCCCCGAAACGCCUUCCUUCAGUAAGCAGAGUGCUUGAGUGCACCCCCUUUGACCUGCUGAUAUGUAGAUCACAACAUCUGAUGCUUCCUGGAAUUGCCGAUUACUGUAACUGCUGCCCAUCUGUCAAUGAAGGAGCAGUUUCAGAACUCAGACUUGGGGGAGGAAAAGUAAUUAAUGGAAGUUAUAGAAUUAACCAAAGACCUUCUUUCAACUCAACCUUCUGAAACUCUUGCAAGUUCAGACAGUUUUGCUUCUACUCAGCCCACACAUUCAUGGAAAGUAGGAGACAAGUGUAUGGCAAUCUGGAGUGAAGAUGGACAGUGUUAUGAAGCGGAGAUUGAGGAGAUAGAUGAAGAAAACGGCACCGCUGCAAUCACCUUUGCUGGCUAUGGCAAUGCUGAAGUGACUCCACUGUUGAACCUCAAGCCUGUAGAAGAAGGAAGGAAGGCAAAGGAGGACAGUGGCAGCAAACCCAUGUCGAAAAAAGAAAUGAUUGCCCAGCAGCGUGAAUAUAAAAAGAAGAAAGCUUUGAAAAAAGCACAGAGAAUAAAAGAACUUGAGCAGGAAAGAGAAGACCAGAAGGUGAAAUGGCAACAGUUCAACAAUAGAGCCUAUUCUAAAAAUAAAAAAGGCCAGGUAAAGAGGAGUAUUUUUGCUUCACCUGAGAGUGUAACUGGCAAAGUUGGAGUUGGAACGUGUGGAAUUGCUGAUAAACCUAUGACACAAUAUCAAGAUACCUCCAAAUACAAUGUUAGGCAUUUGAUGCCUCAAUAAUCAGAAAAACUGUUGGAUUUCAUCUCUGCAGGGCUUUACAUUUACCUUUUUAUCCUUAUAUUUUUCUAAAGGUAAAUUAUUUGUUAGAUGAGUAAGGAAGAUACCAUUGUCGUCAUUAUUUGACUUCAAUAGAAUGAAACUUGAAGAAAUUGCAUUUGAUAACUGCUAUUCAUUUAAACUUUUUUCAUUACUACUACCACAGUUUCCUGGAAGUUUCUUGGAUAAAGCAACUUUUCUAGGUAGAUGCUGCGUAAAUACAGCACUUAGAUGAAUUAUUGAUCUUCCUAAUAUCAGGCCCCCACUUAGUGAAUGACAUUUACUUUUUGUAAAGUCCUAACUGGGAAUUUUCAGAUGCUUUGACCUUGCCACAUACUCUAGCAAUUCACUGGGACAUCAAGGCAAAACACCAACCUGCUGAAGUGAAUUUCUCUUAAUUUUUUUAUAUUCAGCAUAAACCUAGCUCUUGCCCAUUUAAGCCUAAAGUAGUAGUAAUGGCAAAGUUUGUUUUGAUGUUUUUCUUGAUAACUUGUUUCCUAAGCCUAUUAGGCCGUCUCUAAAAUUGACCCAGCUCUUUAUUUUUCAUUGAAUUUUAGUUUUAUGUAAGAAACCAUGUUUAGGACCAGCUACCUGUUCUAAUGUUUUUGGUUUGGUUUUUGGGUUUUUUUGUUUGUAUGUUUGCUUUUCUCCUGUGUUGAUUUUCACUUACGAUAGUGGUACCAUUUUUUUUGGAUGUGUAAUGUUUAUAUGAGAAAACAAAAAGCUGAUGUAUAGCCCUGUAUACAGUGUAGAUACUAUUUUUGUAAAAAAAGAAAACAAAAAAACCCAAGGCUAAAUUAAUGAACAAGAGUACUGAGUGUUUCAUCAUUAAAAUUUUUCUGUAUUCUUGUGCAUUAAUCUGGCCAUAAUUUCCCUGUAUAUUAUGUUCAUGUAGCUGAGUUUGUAAUUUUUGUUAACUAGAUCAGGUUGUCAGCAUUUGUUGGUUAUAAGUGAACAUCACAAUUUUCCCCAGUUGAGUUUAAGCCAAAUAUGUGCAUAGAAAAGGGUAUUCCUGCUAAUGGAAGAUGGAGAUUUUUAGGAUGUGUUAAUUCAGUUUUUGUAUGUUUAACUUUUAUUAAAUAAAGUGUUUUUAAAAUCUC